CAGUUAUCGUCCAAAGAAUUGAAGGGCCUAGCGGCACCCCACGUACCCCACAUAAAUUCUAAUAGCUGAACUCAAUCAAACUUGACUCGGUGUCCUCCUGAUUUCAUCACCACUCACCAAAAUAAAGGGGUUUAAAGAGUCAAUUAAGACCUAUAAAUGGUUUGAAAUGUCAAUUCGUACGACUUGAUGCUUGCGAAUAGCUUGGUUUACCACAGGCUUGUGGUGCACCCUUAACGUCGGGUCUCUUUUUUGGUUACAUCAUCUAAUCGUCAUGGCAACGGCUUCAUUACCAUAUCACGAGCCAGGGAUCGUAACUAUCCUCAUCCAUACGUCGUUCCUACUCCUCCUCAACCUGGGCAAUUUUGUACUUGACCAUACCCUUUACUGUGGUCUUCUUGGACAGAUAUUCCUAGGCAUCGCCUGGGGAACACCGGGUGCCAAAUGGCUAACCGUAGAGACCGAGGAAGUUGUCGUCCAAUUGGGCUACCUUGGCUUGUUACUUAUCGUAUAUGAAGGUGGCCUAUCAACCUCUUUGAAAGCUGUUAGGGCAAAUCUCUUGCUGUCUUCAUGCGUUGCUGUCACCGGUAUAUCCUUGCCCAUUGGACUCUCCUUCGCGCUCCUAAAACUAUGCGGCGCUACACCUCUCCAGUCCUUCGCAGCUGGUGCAGCAUUAUGCUCUACAAGUUUGGGGACGACAUUCACAGUUCUUGGUUCAACCGGCCUGAUACAAGCUAGACUUGGCGUAGUGCUCACGAGCGCAGCGAUGAUGGAUGAUGUUGUAGGUCUCGUCAUGGUCCAGGUCAUCUCCAAUCUAGGAUCAUCUGGGGCAUCCAUCAGCGCUGCUACCAUUGUUAGGCCGCUUCUGGUUUCAGUGGCAUUUGCAGUAUGCGCUCCUAUUGCCUGCGUGUUUAUUGCCAAACCAGUCACUCUCUGGCUAAAUGGUACACGCACAAAAAGUCCACUCGGACUUUUGAAUCGAUUUCUUAUGGAUGCUAGGAUCGCAUGGAUUAUUCACACAUUGAUAUUAUUGGGUUGUGUUACCGCGUCGACAUACGCGGGAACGUCUAAUCUCUUUGCCGCAUACAUCGCCGGCGCUGGAAUCAGUUGGUGGGACUCAGAGGUACCUCAUCCUAGAUUCAAUGCAGCGUCCACGGCAAUAUCUGCUACAAUACAAGGUCAGGACCAAAUUGCAGAAUCAUCAAUUUCGAAUGGAACAGAAACACCCGAAUAUCGCAACCAGGAUCCUGAAGAGUCUGACUCCUCUGGGCUUUGCAUAUUCGAGAAAUAUUACUCGCAACCGCUUCAUCGAAUUUUAAGGCCCUUCUUCUUUGCAUCCAUAGGAUUUUCAAUUCCAAUUACCGAAAUGUUCGACGGCACAAUUGUUUGGAAAGGGCUUGUGUAUACAGCCCUAAUGAUAAUUGGUAAGAUGACAUGCGGUGCUUGGCUACUUCGCAUAUCGGUCACUCCUGCCAUAUCUGCCAAGUUUGCAGCCGCAAUGAAGUUAUUGAAGCCCAAGAUAACUCAUCUAUGGACCCAAGUUCAUGAAAAGUCAACUUCGUCUCAUAACACGGCCCAUACCCGUCGAACACAACCCCCAAAUUCUUCACCAUCAGAUCAGGAAAGAAGUACACGGACGACAACCCAGGACUCUUCGGAUCGUACCUCGGUCAAGCCACGUUCAAUCUAUCCAGCCUCGAUUUUAGGCUGUGCGAUGACUGCUCGUGGAGAGAUAGGUUUCUUAAUCUCAUCGGUCGCGGAAAGUAACCAGAUAUUCUCUACAGCGCAGACUACCGCUGGGAAGAACUCGGAGAUUUUCUUAGUUGUCACUUGGGCUAUCAUGCUAUGUACAAUAUUAGGUCCUUUGGUAGUAGGACUUAUUGUGAGGCGAGUAGAGCAGUUACAACAGGGUGUUCAAAGACAAGGCAGAUCCGUACGAGGAGAUGUGCUUGGAGUUUGGGGUGUAUCCUGAUAUAAUAAUCAGGCCAUAUCGGCGCUUCCAGAGACAAGCGCAAUUACCGGAAAUAUAUUUGCUCUCCUGCCCAUAACAUUAUUCUUUCCAAGUUCUUUGCUGGGACACGCGUUUCCCCCAAGCAUAUAGUUAAGUAAGUUUUUCGGUCGCGUCAUUCAAGAUUUCAAGGUGGCUACGUCAUAGUCGAAAUUGAAGUCGGUACUGCCUUCUUUGCUCAACUUCUCCUUCCACUUCUGAGAGUAUUUCGGACGAACAUGAAGGAUCUAAACUUAAACCCCAACCUAAUCAGGGAGGAAGACA